AUGGAGAAAAGCUUGGACAAGUUGAUCGAGCACUUGCUAGGAGAGAUCGCGCUAUGUGGUCCUGGAGGCGCGACGGUAUCUGAACUGACAAACUUCAUCGACGACUUCUAUUACGAUCGACGCCAAAAUGGUCUCUCCAGUCAUUCCAUAUCUCAAGUUGUCGACGACGCCUUUGUCGCAAGCGUGUGGAGAUGGCUUGGACGCCAUCCAGACAUCUACAUUGGGAAGGACAAAGAACACAACAACACUCCUCUACGGUCCCUCAUACAGCCCAAUACACCCUUGAUCGAUCAACACGCGACCCUCCCGCGCAUCUCCGUCAGCAAAGAUCGCAUCUACCAAGCUAUUUGUGGCCACGAGCCCGAUGACAAGCGAGUCUUCAAAUCUGAAUACGGCUUGUUGAUAGUCAUUGCUGCCGCGAGGUCUGAUGGCAUUCUGCAGGGUGAGCUGGGACGUGUUGCUGGUCAAGACAAGCGAUCAGUCCCAAAACGAACCGAUGCUCUCCACGCCAAAGGCUACAUCAUCAAGGAGACAGUCAUCUUGAGGGGAUUUAAGUCUAGCCGCUUGACCUUACGGCGAUUCGCAACACAAGAGCAGAUCAACAAAGCCGGGAGCGGUCUAUCCGAGGCACCUCCUGCUGUUCGCCGAGAACGUACACUUCGCGACCUACUAAAUGAUGUAGCUACAGUCUUCGGUAAUGCUGCCCUCAUUGAAUCGGAAGACCUGGCCAAGCGUGUGCGUAUGACAUCUCAACUGGCUCAGAAAGCAUUGGUCAAGGUUCUCCGAACACUAGCCAGGGCUGGAUAUGUCAAAAAGGUAAAAGCUGCAGUGGGUGAAUCUGCCCAUACAGGUGAGCCCAAGGUAUGCUUUCAACGCCUACGAGAUUUUGCGCUCACAGACUUGGAUCUCUUCAUGGAUGCGCCAUUCACCUUAGAUCGGGGACUGGGCGAAAUAUUUGCUGAUUUAGAGUCGAGCUCAGCUGAUGGCGCUAGCGGGACCUCUAACAGCGAUCACGCAGCCAUCCAGUGGAAUCCGGACAGAAACGUUGCCAAUACCUUUCAGCACGCAGCAGCAUUGGCUGGAGCAACAGGUAUCACCAUUGCCAGCGCUAGAGAGGCAAUUACGGGUCUCAGCAUCAAGCGUCCUGUGGAGUCUCGGCUUGAUCGCCUCUCAUUCGCUUCACUAUCGGCUCAACCACAACAUCUCCGUCACCUGGCACUGGUUAGGAGUGGCAAAAGUGCUGCAGGUGGUGUGCAAUAUACUCACCACUCUCUCCCUGCCUUUCUGAAUGAGUUAGAGCAAGGAAAGAUCGACGCAGGCCAGGUGCGCGGUACGAACGCCCUUGGCCGUGGCGAUAACACCACAACUACCCAAAACAUCUCAGCAGAGCCGGCUACCUUGGAUGCCUUUGGCUUUCCUAUCGUACGGGACAGAAAACUAGUUCGUGAUGGUCCUAAGAGCCUUACGGAAUGCUUAAGAUCAGUGCCAAUAGAAGAUGCUGGAAAUCACCACGACGAGUCUAGCGACGAAGCUCCCCGUACAGGAGAACACACCGGGGCCCAGCCCCGAGCUCCGGAUACUAGGGCGGUUCAAGCAGCGGGGCUUCCAUUGGUGUCAAACGAUGUAUCCUUGGCUGGUUCUCCGGACCUAAUUCCCAAGAGGCGAAAAUACACACGCAAGAAAGUGGACGACCCUGACGAUGGAGUGAUACGCGGGCGACCCCGCAAGUUUCUCGCUGGCACGGAAAAGUUCUGGCAAUAUCACUUCUGGCAAGCCAGGCUCGAGGCUGAAGGUCCGCAGGCUAAGAAAGCCGGAACAAUGAGUCACCCCGCUGGAAAGACGAUCUUUCGAAAUCGCCCAAAGAACUUCGACGAAACCCUGGUUCGUGCUAGGGAGGCGGGGCUUACGUUACCCAAGCUUGCCGCUGAUAUUUCUGAAGAGUGGGUGCAGAAAACACAGACUGUACUGGAACGCCAGGAUCCAGGCGGAUACGUUACACCUAGUGGCAUGCAUCUAUUCACCGGUCUUCGCACGUCGCAGAUAUUGAUCGUGCGUUCCAACAAGUUACAAACCUUGGACUUCCGCGAGUGUCCCAAGGUGUAUGCAUAUCGCUUCAUGACUUCAAUGGUUGCACACAGCUCGCAAAACUGGAGAUGGUAUCCAACGAAGCCGCCACGGCACAAACGGGCCAAACCGCUACCGCCUCCCAAACUUGAUGUCGAACAUCCAGACGAGCUACUCGAGGCUUUCGGCAAGAUACCUCGUCUAGGUGUCUUCUACAGCAAUGGUGAGAGAGAGGAUGAUUCGAAUUCACACCAACAGCUAGAAACAUUACCGCAGGUCACUUCCGAAGAGUACCGGGAGCUUAUGGCAGAGACAGAUGUUGACAGUGAGGUCGAGCGCCGUGAACAGGAGGAGAAGGCCAAAAAUAAGUCAAAACCACCCCCAGUUCCUCAGCACGAUACGCGCGGAGGGAAAGCGGCAAGCCCGACGCAACCCUAUCGACGUUCAACAAGUUCCAGGCCUGCAGCUGAUGUGGCACAUCGUCAAGGAAUUCCUGUCACGACGCCGACCGCAGAUCCUGUCAAUUCCCGUCGAUCGUCCUUUCAAUUCAAAUUUAACCAUGAGGGAAUCAGUGAACCAUUCGAUCAGUCGCCGUUGCAGAGCAGGCCAUCGCGGCAGCGAAAAUUGACACGGAAAGCGACGGCCUGGCUUGCCAGUGAAGGGCAUGCUGGCUCGGUUGGAUCUCCACCAGCUAUAUCUGCAUCUGCAGUAGAGUCCGCCGAUGAAGAUGCUCCUGGAGAAAAGGACGAUCGGCCGGAUGCUGGGGGUUCACUUUCUGAGCACCUGGUAUUUCCCAGCACAGCCGCGUCACUACCGCCUGGCAGCUCGGCGUCUGUGUUUGCCGUUUCGUCGUCCUCAGACCCGGCUCGCGCUACAGAUGCUACAUUUGCCUCUCCUAUGGAAAACUCCGGAACCCCAGCGAAGUCAACUCCUUCGCGAAGACCGAUCAAACGACGGCUAUCAGAUCGAUUUGACGUCAGCGAACGUCUGCCGAAGAUCCGCAGACUUGAUCCUACGAGCGCUGGCACUUUAUGUCGCCACGUGAUACUGAGCCUUUUCCAGCGUAGUGGAGGCGUUGCCGUGCAAAAUCCGUCUCUGAUCCGGCAGUGCUGCAGUAGCCUCUGGAAGGAAGCUGGAGGCGAUGAUCUACCAGACCUCUUACUGAUUAGACAUACGCUGGAUUCUUUGGUCAACGAAGGGCAGUUAAAGAGGCACACCUUCACUUUCCGUGGCAAAGGAGGCAUAAUGCUGUCAAGAAUCAUCCUUUUUCCUGCAGCGAUCGACCCUUCAGAUUUGAUUAUUCAAGAUCUCAAACAGGCCAUUAUCGACGCUGACCCCAUGGAAUAUGUUCCUUCCGAAUGGCAGAAACAUUCUUCUCUGAGCAGAGAUCAGAACGUCCCGACUCUCCAAGCUGAAUCUGGCGAAGGCUUGGCGCAAGGCCAUCCUAGAAAGGCUGAGCCACUACGCUCUCCGCCAAAGAAACGACAGCGUCAAACCCGGCGCCGAUCUUCAGUCACAAGUCGAAGCAGAAGCGGUACCCCAAGCUCAGUUCCACCGUCUCCGGCAACUGGCUUCCUCACCCUAAAGGCGGGUCGCAGUUCGAGCAUAACUUCAGAAUCCAGCGUGGCUAGCUCCGCAGAUGAGCCCAGCUAUGUUGGCUUCCUUACGUUGAAGGUUCCACGUCUGAGCACGCUUACACAAGUACAGCAGUUCAACGCCACUCUCAGAAAGCCGGAUUAUCUGGAGACAGCCCCAACCAUUGCACAAGUGCCUGAAGCACCAAAAGCGAUAAAGCAGAGGAAGCCACGAGCUUCAAGAUCGAAGAAGAACUCUAAUCUCCAGCAAAUCAUCUGGAAGAAGCCCACGCUGCCCGAAUCUUUAGAAGCCAUUCUCGAAGAGGAGUACGCGCAGGGCUCCGUCAGUCGACCAUCCGAAAGCGAAGAUGAAACCAUGCAAUUUUCAUCUCUGGUAGAUACGGUGCAGGCUUGGGAAGAGCGACUCACUGAGAAGCUCACGGACAUCAAGGUGCCCUGGAACUUCAUCAACCACACUGCCGCCUCGUUUCAUGUUCCAUCGUCUGAAGCAGCUUCGUGGUACCUGGUCGAAUUCGAUCUCGAGGGAAGAUCAUUGGAGAAAGAGGCCGGUGAACCGCAAUCGUGGCUGCCUUUUUCUCAAGUCUUAGAAAAGCUAAGGCUGGAACCGGGCUUAGGCUCUCGCGCUGUGAGUACGUCAAACAAGCGGAGAGUCACGCGUCAAGAUACCGGCUCCAUCCGCAAGAAGCGUCGGUUCAAUUUUGAGGAUGUCGAUUUUGGCGAUGCAGGGCGCAAGCGGCGUCAAAGACAAGAUGACACAGAUUACGAUGCAGUCGAGAUCGCCACGGAACCUCAACAGGAUAGGCGGCCCUCUUCCCGCAAGAAAAAGGGCAAUCCCCCCGAAAGUCAACAUGCAGCUAUGCUGUCUAAAACAUCAAACGAAGACCUCUUCCGGAUUGCUGUAUCGGUGGUCGUCGUCAGAACGCUUAUUGGAGGCCCGGAUAAAACUAUCAACUGGACCAUUGUCAAUCGGCUCCACCCAGGUUUGCAACGAAGCGCCUUGAUCUCGCGAUGGAAAGCCAUCGAGUUUUCCUAUAUGACCGAACUGGAGUCGAUGACAACAGCAUUGCGUUCUGAGUACUUGGAAGCGGUUCAGACGUUCGAGGUGGCGCUGGUCACCGCAGCUAAUCAAGCUGAGUCACCCUGGGACGAUAUUUUUGGCUGGGCUCUCAGCACGCUUCCGAGGUUCGUCGAAGAGGCUGUGCUACCGUCAAGCCGUGCCAUGCUGCUGACCAAUUACAACCUGCGUUAUCCGUCUCAAGAGAACAUUCGCCCACUCCUUGCUCCGCAUGCUGCACACCGCGCAUUCGAGCGUGAGGAGAUCAUCGCGAGUGUGCCUUUCAGUGCGCCCCUAAUCCAGCCUCUGAGCACCGAUAAGCUCAAGGUGUUGGCAAGGCCACUAAUUCUGGCAACGCUCCUGACAUCCCCUUUCACAACCCGCGUAGCUUCUCUUGCCUCACAGCGCUUGGUAGCUUUGACCUUCGACCGCAACGCUGCGGAGCAAGCAGUGGCUGAGGCGCUCGUUGAGCUUCAGUCACAUAAGAUUCUUGUCAAGAAUGACACAGCGAUGAAGCGGACUCCUGCAUUGGUUGAAAAUGGCAAGUGCGCAUACAAGCUCACGGAGAAAAUGACCGAAGUCCUGGAAGUGAACCGGACCAUCCACUGGAUGACGCUCAAGGAGGCUGCCGAUUACAAGCUCAGUGUGCUCGACGAGGCAUUCGCGCAUGGCGAGGUGGUCGAGAUCCCAAACCAAGGCAGCAUGACCAACGGGCAGAUGCUAGCUGUUAUAAACCUCAUUAAUAGCGAGAUGCUCACAAUGCGGCCGGGCUAUGGUGGCAUAAAGUCCAGGUAUGGGAUUGCAUGGGAGCGAGUAGGGUACCAGACAAGACAGCUAGAAGCCAAGGAGCUAGGAUUUGAAGUUGUCUUGGAGCCGACUGAUGCUUACCCGUUCGGCGACGUGGCCGAGGAAACCAGAGGCGAGGCACCAAAGCGAUGCAACGAUGCAAGCUGGCCACUCUGGGUGGAUGUGCUCGACAACUUCCUCGUUGAGGUUUGGGAAAAAGUUCUUGCCGCGGUCGUGGGAAUGACUCACAUCAGGCCCGGUAUCCAAGCCGGCGAAAUCAAAGAAACGCUAGGGGAGCUACUGACAGAGCACGAGAUCUGUUCGGUUCUGGAAUGGGCAGAAGCGAAGCAUUUCGUUGCCAAGACCGGCGGUGGAAAUGGUUGGGAGGCACUGAGAUGGUGGUGGAUGUGUUUGGGAAGGCUUGCUGAUUGGAAGCUCGACGACGAUGGAAGCUUUCCCGCCACCCAGGACGCCUAG